GCGAGCGAGCGAGCGAGCGCCGGGUGGAGCGAGCGCGAGGGGCCAGAGCGGCGCCGGGAGCCGAGCCGAGCCGAGGGCGGCGGCCCGAGCCGGGGGGGGGAGCCGGGCGGUGUCCGUCGCCCCGAAGCGCCUCGCUCUCCGAGCGGGUUCCCCCUCAGGGAACGGUUUCCUUCCCCGUGACGCGCACGGGAGCCCUCAUCCCUUCCGUCGCCCCUCGGGCGAAGCCCCCUCAGCUCCCUGCCCGCCGGCCCGUGUAGCGCCUCGCCGCCCUCAGCCCGAUCCCCGCGGGCGGCUUCGUCCUCCCGCCAUGGCUCUCUGCCGGCGCCUGGCCCGGCUGGCCGCCCACCUGCAGGACCCGCGGAAAGUGGCCGCCUUUCAGCGGCUCUGCGGGGUAGAGGGGCCUUCGGGCUGGGCCGACGCGGAGCAGCGAGACGGGGGCCGGGGGCCAGUGGUUAACGGCGGCCCCCCGGCGGCAGAGCGGGCGGGAGAGCCGGGUCAUCCCACCGGGAACGGGACCGUGCCUGGCGGGGCGGCACCCCCGCAGCGGUGGAGGAGGAGGCCACGCCGCAACUCUCUCACGGAGGAGGACGGCAGCCAGGAGUUCUCCAUCCGCAGCCGCUUCCUCUACUAUCUCUUCAGCCUGGGCACGGAGCUGGGCAACGAGCUGUUCUACAUUCUCUUCUUCCCCUUCUGCAUCUGGAACUUGGACGCCUGGCUGGGCCGGAGGCUGAUCAUCAUCUGGGUGUGGGUGAUGUACCUGGGGCAGUGCACCAAGGAUGUCAUCCGCUGGCCGCGGCCUGCCUCCCCGCCCGUGGUGAAGCUGGAAGUCUUCUACAACUCCGAGUACAGCAUGCCCUCCACCCACGCCAUGUCGGGCACCGCCAUCCCCCUGGCGCUCCUUCUGCUCAGCUACGGCCGCUGGCAGUAUCCCCUUAUGUUUGGACUGAUCCUUGCAUUCUGCUGGUGUUCUUUGGUUUGCUGUAGUCGGAUUUAUAUGGGAAUGCAUUCAAUUUUGGAUGUUAUUGCUGGAUUUCUGUAUGCUAUUCUCAUCUUGAUUGUCUUCCAUCCAGUUGUGGACCUGAUUGAUAACUUCAACUUAACUUACAAAUAUGCCCCCUUAAUUAUCAUCAGUCUCCAUUUAGCCCUGGGCAUCUUCUCUUUUACCCUAGACACCUGGAGCACAUCUCGAGGAGACACGGCUCAGAUACUGGGCUGUGGUGCUGGAGUAGCCUGUGGCUCUCAUGUUAACUAUAUAAUGGGUCUAAAGCUAGAUCCUCCUCCCAGUACUUUACCUUUAUCUCUUUCCUCUCUCACUGUGACUGUGUUUGGAAAAGCCAUAUUGCGGUUGUUGAUUGGAGUAAUUGUUCUGUUGUUAACAAAAGUAGCGAUGAAAAAAGCCACUAUUCCACUGGCAUGUAAAAUAUUUCGCAUACCACAUGAUGAUGUCCGGAAAGCAAGACAACGCAUGGAAGUUGAGCUUCCCUAUCGCUAUAUUACGUAUGGAAUGGUCGGGUUCUCCCUCAUGUUCAUUGUUCCUUGCCUCUUCCAUUCUAUUGGUCUGUCUUGAU